UGGUGGUGGCGGCGGUGACGGUGAGGCAUUGCCGUAUGGUUGAUGCUAAUGUCAGAAUUGGUGUGAUUGGGGAGUAGCUUGUGUUGUGUAAUGUCCCCGGUGUCUGGCAUGCUCGUGUGAGGCUCAUGGUGGAGGAAAGGCUGAUGCAGGAAGGUUUCUCUUUGUUCUGGGGUGUCAUGGAAAGGUCAGGAGUUGCAGUACAGAAGGCUUAGCAGAGAUUUGAUCUUGUCAAGAGAAGUGACAUAGGCUGCCCAGGAAUUGUGUGAAGGAAGAUAGUAACUGGAUGUGUGUGUGCGCGUGUGAGUGUCAUCUCUGCUGGUGUGAAGCAUGACAAUGGACACUGGCUUACUCUCCCUCAAGUGGAACAAUCAUGGAACAACUUUCUUCCAUGUUUUGUCUACCAUCCGGCGCAAGGAGUCCUACAGUGACGUGACAUUGGCAUGUGAAGGCAAGUUUUACCCAGUGCACAAGCUGGUGUUGUCCACAUGCAGCGAGUACUUUGAGGAAAUCUUCAGCCGCACGCAGUGCCGGCACCCAGUCAUCGUGCUCAAAGAUGUGAAACACGGUGAGCUGGAAGCGCUGCUCAACUAUAUGUACCUGGGUGAAGUGAAUGUGUUACAGGCUGACCUUGCUGGCCUCAUUAAGGCAGCCGAGUGCCUCAAGAUUAAGGGACUGGCAGUGCCAGAUGAGGCACCAAUAUCCCGUGUUAGUGGUAGCAAAGAAAAGCGUAGUAUUGGAGAGGCUGGUAGCUCUUCCCAGUCCAAGCGAGUGAGGCAGGAUGAGGGUGGCCUGCCAGGCCAGGUCUAUGAGGAUCCUAGGACCCAGCGAGGGGACCACCAUCCUGGCAGGGAGACGAGGGAAGCCUCGCGCACACACUCGGGGCCACGGCCCCCCUCGCGCACCCCUGAGGAGGGUUACCCUUUCCCCACCUCUGUCCCUAGUCAAGAUGUACCGCCACGGGAAAAGCGUGAGGGAAGAGAAUCUCAGUCUGAUGGGGAGAGAUCUAGGCACAAGGAAGGACCCCUAACCCCAACUCCUAGUCAGUCCUUGGAGGUGCUAGACCAUGAUGAACCCCCUAUAGUCAAGACUGAGGUGCUGGAGCAACCCAAGGAAGAAAAUGAGAGUAGUGAAGACCUGCUCAACUCAGACAACAGCAUUGCCUACAACCCUGCAUUACAAGGUGAUGGUGUAUCGGAGGGCACUCAAGGGUUUGAGCCACAGGUGUUGACGUCUCAGCCACAGACGAUGGAGGAGCUGGUGGCACAGGCCAUGCCAGGCACCUCAGGUCUGCAGGGGGACUCCCUUGUAGGUUGGGGUGCGGGGCAGGGAGGAGGUGGGGCUGCUAGUGGAGGUGGGGACCUGACCAGGUUCUCAUUAGAUGCCUUCCAACUUGAGGACUCCCAGAGUGGUUCUCAAGGUUCUACACAACAGCAGCAGCAACAACAGCAGCAGCAGCAACAACAACAGCAGCAGCAGCAGCAGCAACAACAACAACAACAACAGCAGCAGCAACAACAACAGCAGCAGCAGCAGAUGGGCGGCGGCAGCAAGGCGGCGGUGUGGGCGCGAGCCCUGGCCGGCCACUCGCUCGGGGCCAGCCACCAGUGUACCUACUGCCCUAAGCGAUUCUUCCUGCGCUCUGACCUGACCAGACACCUGCGCACGCACACCGGAGAGAAGCCCUUCAAGUGUCCCUACUGCGACCACAGCACCGCCAUCAAGUACAACCUCAAGAAGCACCUCAUCAGCCGCCACAACGUGGUCGAGCACGGCAUUAAGAUGGAGGCCCUGCAAGGGCGGCAACAGUCAAAUGAUGCAUCGUCCACGGCCAGCAGUGGACAGAGCUUCUCGUGGGGCGGGGCGGCGGUCCCCACGCUGCCGGCCGUCCUUUCACUGCUGCAGCGAGAGAGUCUGCUCGCGCCUUCCGCCGGCAGGAGUCUGGCCAGCAACGUGGCUGACAGCAUAGCGUCGCUGACGUGGAGUGGCACUAGCACCAGUAAGCUGCAGCAUUCCGGUGGCGGCUACCCUUCCUCCAAGGACUCCCCGGCCAGCCUGCAGGGUGUGGCUUCCAGCAGCUGCCCGGCACUGGAUGCCUCUGAGAGUGUGGCAGCUAACACUUCCUGGUGUGGGGGCUCCACCACGCCCUCGCAGCUGGCCUCCUUCGCCGCCCAGGACCAGGACAACCUGCCGGGUUCCAGUGUGUGCACGUCGCAGGAGUCCGCCAGCAGCCAGGUGGCCGCUAGCUGGACCUCCGCCGCUGACCUCGACCUGCCCAUGUUCCCGCCCGAGCUGCAGGAGUGUGACAGCAUCCCAGCCUCUUCAUCCUCAGACAGGUUCUUGCCGGGGGCGGCGGGUGAGGCCCUGAGCAACCAGAGCUGGAGUGGCAGCUCGCAGCAGCAGCAGCAGCAACAGCAGCAUAUCUCAGCGAUACAUUCCUCUCAAAGCCUGGAGAACGUAGCGGGCGUGGCCUCCAGCACCUGUCCUUCCAACGACACGGUGGACAGCGGCGCGUCGCACUCCACCAGCGAUACCGAGUAGUGAAGACGACGCAGCCGCUUCCACCAGUCUUCUUCUCCACGCCAUCACCCGAGCCGGUACAAGGCUUGGUUGGUCGGCGACUUCUCAAAUCUCCACUUUCCUCUCUCUGUUUCCACUAUCAUUUUCCCUUUGCCACUCACAUUCUCCUUCACUGGUUCUUCCGUCUCGUUCUUGCUCUAUCUCUUGGUCGCUCGCCUGCUCGUCCCAGAGUGUAAAUAAUAUUCCUUAAGAGCGUCUGGCCCCGGAGACUAGCCGGGUACAUUCUCGGCCGCCUGGAGAAUCAGACGCGCUCACUCCAGCGUGGCGGGGCAGCCCGGCCGUGAGUCGUCUUGGCGCCAGGUUACUAUAUGUACACAGUGAACCUUUACUUUGAUACUUUGCUAACAUAACGUUAUACAGAGCUGACACACAAUGCGGCUCACAGUAUACAGAUCACUGACACACAGGGGCCACAGUUCAUAGUGUCACCGCUUCAGAUGGUGAUGGUGUAUGUGUUAUUAUGAUUUUUUACUCGUUUUAAUUUUUGUUUCUCUCGUUUUCUUCAUAUCGGUGUUGCCAAUGGCGAGAGUCGUGCCAUAUUAGGUUAUACUUGAUCCCAUGAAGACUAAUACUGACGGUGGUCUCGUGAGUGAGAAUUAGUAUACGUACUUCUGUAUGAUUACUUUCCUGAGAGAGAGAGAGAGAGAGAGAGAGAGAGAGAGAGAGAGA